GAAACCCGAGCGGGCGGGAGCCAGACUGGCUGUACCGGGCACACACGGGAUCAGGAGCCAGCACACCCGCUCCGCUCGCGCUGCUCCGGAGGGGAGGCUGGACAGGCUUUGCUCCUGAGGAUAUUUACUGCAUGUUGCCGUGAGUGGGGGAGAGGCAGAAGAUACCCUCAAAAUGGAGGAAGAAGAAUAUGAAGAAGUUGUGGAGUACUACAUCGAAGAGACAGUUAUUGAAGAGGGUGAACCACACGAGGUGAUCACUGAGGUCACUGAGACCAUUAGCACAGACUUCUCAGGUCCUAAAACUACCACCUAUACUGUUGAGCAUGAAAAACCUUCUGCUGAGGAUGCAGCGCCUCCAGUCAGAAAGAAGACGAUACGGACAAAAGUGGAUUCAUCGAAGUUCUUGACGCCUUAUCUGGAACACAGUAAUAAAAUGAAGGACCUGUUCAGUGAGAACAAGUACAAAGAAAAAUUUAGAAAAGAAAAAGGAAAGCCAUAUGCUUCCACAGUUGAUACCCCAGAAAUUCGGAGAAUCAAGAAAGUGCAAGAACAGCUCAGCGAGGUUAAAUACCGCAUGGCUGGUGAGGUCGCUAGAACUAUUUGCCACGUUGAUGAAAAGGCCAAGGAUAUAGAACAUGCAAAGAAGGUGUCCCAGCAAGUGAGCAAGGUAUUAUAUAAACAGAACUGGGAGGAGAAUAAGGACAAGUACCUGCUUCCCCCUGAUGCUCCAGAGCUUGUGAAUGCAAUAAAAAACACAGCACUCUUCAGUAAGAAACUCUAUACUGAGGACUGGGAAGGAGACAAAACAUUAUUCUACCCUUACAAUGACAGUCCAGAGCUCAGAAGGGUGGCACAGGCUCAAAAGGCUCUGAGCGAUAUUGUCUACAAAAAAGGGCACGAUGAACGAAAAUCUAAAUAUACUCCUCUGCCAGAUCCACCUGAUGUGGAACAAGCCAAGAAAGUGACGCGGCAGCUGAGUGACGUUAUUUACCAUGAGGACUAUAAAAACAAGAUCAAAGGCAAGUGGAGUCAAACUCCAUGCUAUGAUGUUGCAAUUGCGAAAAUGAAUGCAGAAAAUAUAAGCAUGAGAAAAUACCAGGAAGACUUUGAAAACAUGAAAGACCAAAUCUACUUUAUGCAGACCGAAACUCCAGAAUAUGAAGCCAACAAGCGAGUUUCCGAAAAUGUCAGUAAGGUAAAAUACAGAGCAGACUAUGAAAAGAAUAAAGCUAUUGCAGAUUAUAAUGUGCUUCCUGCUACGGAGAACCCAUUGCUGAGGCAACUAAAAGCUGCAGGAAAUGUGCUGAGUGAUAAACUGUACAAAGAAGCCUAUGAACAGUCAAAAGCGACCAGCGUGAAUUACUGUGACACACCCAAGUUCCAGACUGAUACUGUUCUGAAGAAUUUUAGUGAUGUAAAGUAUAAAGAUGCCUAUCAAAAGAAUAUUUUAGGACACUAUUUGGGCAGCUUCGAGGACCCACAUCAUACACACUGCAUGCAGGUUGAAGCUAUGAAGAGUGAUAAAAACUACAAAGCAGAUUAUGAGGAGGAAAAGACAAAAUGCUACUUCCCUCAGACCAUAACUCAAGAGUACGAAGCUAUUAAGAAGUUAGAGCAGUGUAAAGACCACACCUACAAAAAGCAUCCUGAUCAAAUCAAAUUUACUCAAGUGGUUGACUCUCCGGUACAGAAACAAGCAGAGAUCAAUAGCAAACAGCAGAGUGACAUAUUAUAUAAAUCCAAAGGUGAAGAAAUUAUUCACAAGUAUCACCUCCCUCCGGACGUGCCCCAGUUUAUACAGGCUAGGGUUAAUGCCUACAAUGUUAGUGAUAACUAUUACAAAACGGGAUUGGACGAAAUAAAAUCAAGGGGAUAUGAUCUGAAAAGUGAUGCUAUUCCCAUCCGAGCUGCCAAGGCUGCUAGGCAGGCUGCCAGUGACGUUAACUAUAAAAAAGACUAUGAACGUGCCAAGGGUAAACUCGUUGGCUUCAAGAGCCUCCAAGAUGAUCCCAAACUCGUUCAUUAUAUGAAGGUGGCCAAGAUGCAGUCUGACCGGGAGUACAAGAAAGACUAUGAGAAAACAAAAACUAAGUACAGCAUUCCACUGGAUAUGUUCGAUGUCGUCGGUGCCCAGAAGGCUCAAGAGAUCGCCAGCAAUACUAAUUACAAGAACCUCCUGCACCACUACACUUAUUUACCAGAUGCAAUGAGUGUGGAGCUGACCAAAAAUAUGAUGGAGAUUCAGAGCGAUAACGCGUACAAAGCAGAUUAUAAUAACUGGAUGAAAGGCAUUGGUUGGAUCCCCAUUGGCUCCCUAGAAGUAGAAAAAGCUAAAAAAGCUGGAGAAGCCUUGAAUGAAAAGAAAUAUCGUCAGCAUCCAGACACCAUUAAAUUUACAAGUGUUGUGGACUCUCCGGUAAUGGUCCAAGCCAAACAGAAUUCAGUGCAACUCAAUGAUAAACUGUACAGAUCUUCUGGAGAGGAAAUUAAACAUAAAUACACGCUUCACCCAGAUGUCCCGCAGUUUAUCCAAGCUCGAUACAAUGCAGCUAAUGUCAGUGAUGCCUAUUAUAAACAAGACUACCAUGAUCUGAUAGCUAAAGGGCACAAUGUGUCAGUUGAUGCUAUUCCAAUUGCUCGAGCCAAGGCUUCAAGAAACAUUGCUAGUGAUUACAAAUAUAAAGAAGCAUAUGAAAAGGCUAAAGGACAGCAGGUCGGUUUCAGAAGCCUGCAAGAUGACCCCAAGCUUGUCCACUACAUGCACGUAGCAAAGAUUCAGUCUGAGCGUGAGUACAAGAAGGACUAUGAGAACACCAAGACUAAAUACCACACACCUCCCGACACGUUCAGUAUCCAGGCUGCAAAGCACGCUCAGGAUGUGGCUUCUAAUACCCACUACAAAAAUCUGAUCCAUCACUACACUUACCUGCCAGAUGCCAUGGAUGUUGAGCUUGCAAAGAACAUGAUGGAAAUCCAGAGUGAUAAUGCAUACAAACAAGAUUAUAAUAGCUGGUUCAAGGGUAUUGGAUGGAGUCCUCUCGGUUCUCUGGAUGUUGAAAAAGCUAAAAAGGCUGGAGAGGCAUUAAAUGAAAAGAAAUACCGUCAGCACCCAGACACCAUCAAAUUUACAAGCAUACCGGAUUCAAUACCAAUGGUUUUAGCUCAGCACAACACCAAGCAAUUGAGUGAUGUGACAUAUAAGCAAGAGGGUGAAAAAGUAAAGCACAAAUACACCCUGGAUCCCGAUGUGCCUCAGUUUAUUCAAGCCAGGGUCAACGCCUACAAUUUGAGCGAUGCUAACUACAAAGCAGACUGGAAAAAGACCAUUGCCAAAGGAUAUGAUCUGAAACCAGAUGCCAUUCCUAUAAUUGCUGCUAAAGCUUCUCGAAAUAUUGCAAGUGAUUACAAAUACAAGGAAUCGUAUGAGAAAGAGAAGGGCAAACAGGUUGGAUUCCGCAGCCUGCAGGAUGAUCCUAAACUUGUUCAUUACAUGAAAGUGGCCAAAUUGCAAUCAGAUCGUGAGUACAAGAAGGAUUAUGAAAUCACCAAGACCAAAUAUCAUACGCCUUUGGAUAUGUUCAGCGUGACGGCUGCCAAGAAAGCCCAGGAAGCCGUUACAAACUCUGGCUAUAAACAGCUAAUUCACAAUUACACACUCUUGCCUGAUUCUGUGAAUCUGGAGCUAUCAAGAAAUGUGAUGCAGCUUCAGAGCGAUAACGUGUACAAAGCAGACUUUAAUAACUGGCUGAGAGGAGUUGGCUGGAUACCGAUUCAGUCACUGGAUGUAGAAAAGGCCAAAAAAGCUACAGAGAUUCUCAGUGAAAAGAAGUAUCGGCAGCACCCAGACAAGCUGAAAUAUUCCAUUCCACUGGAUGCGAUGGAACAAGUGCUGGCCAAGCAAAACGCCAAGACCAUGAACAAGAGGCUCUACACUGAUAAAUGGAACAAAGAGAAGACCAGCAUUCAUGUGAUGCCAGAUACUCCAGAAAUUCUGCAGUCCAGAGUGAACCAGAUCACAAUGAGUAACAAACUUUACAAAGCUGGAUGGGAGGAAGACAAGAAGAAAGGUUAUGACAUGCGGCCAGAUGCUAUUCCAAUAAAAGCAGCCAAAGCCUCCAGAGACAUUGCAAGCGAUUAUAAAUACAAACUAGCCUACGAAAAAGAGAAAGGAAAACAUAUUGGGUUCCGCAGCCUUGAAGACGACCCCAAGCUGGUGCACUUCAUGCACGUGGCUAAAAUACAAUCCGAUCGUGAAUACAAAAAGGAUUACGAGAAGUCAAAGACUAAUUUCCACACACCAGUUGACAUGGUCAGUGUUGUGGCAGCCAAGAAAGCACAGGAGGUGGCUACAAAUGCAAACUACAAACACUUGAUCCAUACCUACAAUGUUUUGCCUGAUGCAAUGAGUCUUGAAUUAGCCAAAACCAUGAUGCAGAUUCAAAGCGAUAAUCAAUACAGAGCAGAGUAUGAUGAAAGCAUGAAGGGUGUUGGCUGGAUGCCGCUGGGCUCCUUGGAAGCUGAGAAGAACAAAAAAGCAAUGGAAAUUCUUAGUGAAAAGAAGUACCGCCAGCAUCCAGACAGGUUGAAGUAUUCUGUUCCUUUGGAUUCCAUGAACAUGGUCUUAGCUUUAAAUAAUGCUAAAAUCAUGGAUGAGCACAAGUACAAAGAAGCAUGGGAAGAAGACAAAAAGAAAGUUCACAUCACACCAGAUAUUCCUCAGAUUGCUUUAGCAAAAGUUAAUGCGUUCAAUCUAAGUGAUAAAAUGUACAGACUUUCAUUUGAAGAAGUGAGGAAGAAAGGGUAUGAUCUCAGAGCUGAUGCUAUCCCCAUUAAAGCUGCCAAAGCUUCUAGGGAUAUUGUCAGCGAUUAUAAAUACAAAUUAGGUUAUGAAAAAGACAAGGGAAAACUUGUAGGCUUCCGCAGCCUUCAGGAUGAUCCCAAACUUGUCCAUUACAUGCAAGUGGCCAAGAUGCAGUCUGAUCGUGAGUACAAGAAAUCUUACGAGGCGAGCAAGACAAAUUACCAAACACCUCCUGAUACAGUCAGCAUCGUGGCAGCUAAGGAGGCACAAGAUCGCAUAACCAACACUAACUACAAACGACUGAUUCACCAGUAUAUGCUUCUGCCAGAUGCAAUGAGUUUAGAACUGUACAGAAACAUGAACCAGAUACAAAGUGAUAAUCAAUACAAGCAGGAUUACAAUGAGUGGUUCAGGGGUAUCGGUUGGAGUCCUGCUGGUUCUCUGGAUGUGGAGAAAUCUAAGAAAGCCACAGAAAUCGCAAGUGAUCGGAAAUACCGCCAGCAUCCCAGCAUGUUCACCUUCACAAAAGAGAAAGAUUCCAUGGACCUGGUCCUUGCAAAGCAUAAUGCAAAUAUAAUGAACAAACAUGCUUAUACUGAAGCGUGGGAGAAGGAUAAAAUUCAGGUUCAUGUGAUGCCAGACACGCCAGAUAUUCUACAGGCAAAACAGAACAAGACAAACUACAGUCAGAAACUCUACAAGCUUGGCUGGGAGGAAAUGAUAAAGAAAGGCUAUGACCUCACACCUGAAGCCAUUUCGGUGAAAGCUGCCAAAGCUUCGAGGGAUAUCGCAAGUGACUACAAAUACAAAGAAGGUUACCGCAAGCAGCAGGGACAUCACAUUGGAUUCCGCAGCCUGCAGGAUGAUCCGAAGAUGUUGUGGUCUAUGCAAGUAGCUAAGAUGCAGAGUGAGAGGGAGUACAAGAAAGAUUUUGAAAAGUGGAAGACGAAGUUUAAUAUGCCUGUGGAUAUGUUAGGCUUCCUUCUGGCUAAAAAAUGCCAGGAACUGGUUAGUGAUAUAGACUACAAACACCCUCUGCACCGCUGGACCUGUCUGCCAGACCAGAACGACGUCACCCAGGCAAAGAGGGUCUACGAGCUACAGAGUGAUAAUCUGUAUAAGGCAGAUCUACAGUGGCUCAGAGGCCUUGGCUGGACUCCUCUGGGAUCUUUGGAGGCUGAAAAGAACAAGAAAGCUGCUGAAAUACUGAGUGAAAAGAAGUACCGGCAGCACCCAGACACGAUUAAGUUCACAAGUAUCCCAGAUGCCAUGAAUAUCGUUUUAGCAAAAUCUAAUGCCAAAAAUAGAAGCGAUAUACUGUACAGAGAAGCCUGGGACAAGGACAAGACUCAGGUUCACAUCAUGCCUGACACUCCUGAAAUUUUGCUGGCUAAAGCAAACUUAAUUAACACCAGUGAUAAACAUUACAAGUUAGGAUACGAAGAGCUCAAGAGGAAAGGCUACGAUCUUCCUCCUGACGCUAUACCCCUCAAAUCAGCAAAGGCGUCAAGAGACAUAGCGAGUGAAUACAAAUACAAAACUGCGUACCGAAAGCAGCUCGGCCACCACAUUGGGGCCCGUAACAUAGAGGAUGAUCCAAAGAUGGUGUGGUCGAUGCACGUGGCCAAGAUCCAGAGUGACAGGGAGUACAAGAAAGCCUUUGAGAAGUCCAAGACACACUUCAGUAGCCCCGUGGACAUGCUGGGCAUCGUAUUGGCCAAGAAAUGUCAGGAGCUGGUCAGUGACAUUGAUUACAAGCACCCUCUGCACCGCUGGACCUGUCUGCCGGACCAGAACGAUGUUGUCCAGGCCAGGAAAGUGUACGACCUGCAGAGUGACAACGUGUACAGGUCCGACCUUCAGUGGCUGAGGGGCAUCGGCUGGUCCCCAGCUGGUUCUCUGGAUGAUGAGAAGAACAAGAGGGCGAGCCAGAUCCUGAGCGACAAGAAGUAUCGGCAGCACCCGGACACCAUCAGAUUCACAAGCCUUCCUGACUCGAUGCCCAUGGUUCUGGCAAAGCACAACUCAGAAAUUAUGAACCAGCGAGCAUACACAGCAGCCUGGGAGAAAGACAAAACCAGUGUCCACAUUAUGCCAGAUACACCUGGUAUUUUGCAAGCCCAGCAGAACAGAGUGAACUUCAGUGAGAAACUGUACAAGCUUGCGAUGGAGGAAGAGAAGAAGAAGGGCUAUGACAUGCGGGCAGACGCCAUUCCCAUCAAGUCUGCUAAAGCUUCCAGAGACAUUGCGAGUGAUUACAAAUACAAAGAAGGCUAUCGUAAGCAGCUUGGCCACCACAUUGGGGCCCGUAACAUAGAGGAUGAUCCGAAGAUGGUGUGGUCGAUGCACGUGGCCAAGAUCCAGAGUGACAGGGAGUACAAGAAAGCCUUUGAGAAGACCAAGACUCACUUCAGUAGCCCCGUGGACAUGCUGGGCAUCGUAUUGGCCAAGAAAUGUCAGGAGCUGGUCAGUGACAUUGAUUACAAGCACCCUCUGCACCGCUGGACCUGUCUGCCGGACCAGAACGAUGUUGUCCAGGCCAGGAAAGUGUACGACCUGCAGAGUGACAACGUGUACAGGUCCGACCUUCAGUGGCUGAGGGGCAUCGGCUGGUCCCCAGCUGGUUCUCUGGAUGAUGAGAAGAACAAGAGGGCGAGCCAGAUCCUGAGCGACAAGAAGUAUCGGCAGCACCCGGACACCAUCAGAUUCACAAGCCUUCCUGACUCGAUGCCCAUGGUUCUGGCAAAGCACAACUCAGAAAUUAUGAACCAGCGAGCAUACACAGCAGCCUGGGAGAAAGACAAAACCAGCGUCCACAUUAUGCCAGAUACACCUGGUAUUUUGCAAGCCCAGCAGAACAGAGUGAACUUCAGUGAGAAACUGUACAAGCUUGCGAUGGAGGAAGAGAAGAAGAAGGGCUACGACAUGCGGGCAGAUGCCAUUCCUAUCAAGUCUGCUAAAGCUUCCAGAGACAUUGCGAGUGAUUACAAAUACAAAGAAGGCUAUCGCAAGCAGCUCGGCCACCACAUUGGGGCCCGUAACAUAGAGGAUGAUCCAAAGAUGGUGUGGUCGAUGCACGUGGCCAAGAUCCAGAGUGACAGGGAGUACAAGAAAGCCUUUGAGAAGUCCAAGACACACUUCAGUAGCCCCGUGGACAUGCUGGGCAUCGUAUUGGCCAAGAAAUGUCAAGAGUUGGUCAGUGACGUUGAUUACAAGCACCCUCUGCACCGCUGGACCUGUCUGCCAGACCAGAACGAUGUUGUCCAGGCCAGGAAAGUGUACGACCUGCAGAGUGACAACGUGUACAGGUCCGACCUUCAGUGGCUGAGGGGCAUCGGCUGGUCCCCAGCUGGUUCUCUGGACGAUGAGAAGAACAAGAGGGCGAGCCAGAUCCUGAGCGACAAGAAGUAUCGGCAGCACCCGGACACCAUCAGAUUCACAAGCCUUCCUGACUCGAUGCCCAUGGUUCUGGCAAAGCACAACUCAGAAAUUAUGAACCAGCGAGCAUACACAGCAGCCUGGGAGAAAGACAAAACCAGUGUCCACAUUAUGCCAGAUACACCUGGUAUUUUGCAAGCCCAGCAGAACAGAGUGAACUUCAGUGAGAAACUGUACAAGCUUGCGAUGGAGGAAGAGAAGAAGAAGGGCUACGACAUGCGGGCAGAUGCCAUUCCCAUCAAGUCUGCUAAAGCUUCCAGAGACAUUGCGAGUGAUUACAAAUACAAAGAAGGCUAUCGCAAGCAACUUGGCCACCACAUUGGGGCCCGUAACAUAGAGGAUGAUCCAAAGAUGGUUUGGUCAAUGCACGUGGCCAAGAUCCAGAGUGACAGGGAGUACAAGAAAGCCUUUGAGAAGACCAAGACUCACUUCAGUAGCCCUGUGGACAUGCUGGGCAUCGUAUUGGCCAAGAAAUGUCAGGAGUUGGUCAGUGACAUUGAUUACAAGCACCCUCUGCACCGCUGGACCUGUCUGCCGGACCAGAACGAUGUUGUCCAGGCCAGGAAAGUGUACGACCUGCAGAGUGACAACGUGUACAGGUCCGACCUUCAGUGGCUGAGGGGCAUCGGCUGGUCCCCAGCUGGUUCUCUGGACGAUGAGAAGAACAAGAGGGCGAGCCAGAUCCUGAGCGACAAGAAGUAUCGGCAACACCCGGACACCAUCGGAUUCACAAGCCUUCCUGACUCGAUGCCCAUGGUUCUGGCAAAGCACAACUCAGAAAUUAUGAACCAGCGAGCGUACACAGAAGCCUGGGAGAAAGACAAAACCAGUGUCCACAUUAUGCCAGAUACACCUGGUAUUUUGCAAGCCCAGCAGAACAGAGUGAACUUCAGUGAGAAACUGUACAAGCUUGCGAUGGAGGAAGAGAAGAAGAAGGGCUACGACAUGCGGGCAGAUGCCAUUCCCAUCAAGUCUGCUAAAGCUUCCAGAGACAUUGCGAGUGAUUACAAGUAUAAGGAAGGCUAUCGCAAGCAGCUCGGCCACCACAUCGGGGCCCGUAACAUAGAGGAUGAUCCGAAGAUGGUGUGGUCGAUGCACGUGGCCAAGAUCCAGAGUGACAGGGAGUACAAGAAAGCCUUUGAGAAGACCAAGACUCACUUCAGUAGCCCCGUGGACAUGCUGGGCAUCGUAUUGGCCAAGAAAUGUCAGGAGUUGGUCAGUGACAUUGAUUACCGCCACUAUCUGCAUCAGUGGAUCUGUCUGCCGGACCAGAACGAUGUUAUCCAUGCCAAGAAGGCCUACGAUCUGCAGAGCGACAACUGCUACAAGUCUGACCUGGAAUGGCUGCGGGGCAUUGGUUGGGUCCCAAUUGGUUCCUUGGAGGUUGAAAAAGCCAAGAAGGCAGGAGAGAUCUUGAGUGAUAAAAUCUACCGUCAGCAUCCGGACACAAUCAAAUUUACCAGUGUCCCUGAUUCUGUCGAGAUGGUCUUAGCCAAGCAGAACGCAGAGACGAUGAACAAGCGUUUGUAUACUGAGGCCUGGGAGAAAGACAAGACACAAAUCCACGUAAUGCCGGACACACCUGAAAUCAUCCUGGCAAAACAGAACAGCCAGAACUACAGUUUGAAACUCUACAAACAGGCCAUGGAAGAAGAAAAAAAGAAAGGCUAUGAUUUGAGGAGUGAUGCGAUCCCCAUCCAAGCUGCCAAAGCGUCCAGGCAGAUUGCCAGUGAUUACAAGUAUAAGGAAGGCUAUCGUAAGCAGCUCGGCCACCACAUCGGGGCCCGUAACAUAGAGGAUGAUCCGAAGAUGGUGUGGUCGAUGCACGUGGCCAAGAUCCAGAGUGACAGGGAGUACAAGAAAGCCUUUGAGAAGACCAAGACUCACUUCAGUAGCCCUGUGGACAUGCUGGGCAUCGUAUUGGCCAAGAAAUGCCAAGAGUUGGUCAGCGACAUUGAUUACCGCCACUAUCUGCAUCAGUGGAUCUGUCUGCCGGACCAGAACGAUGUUAUCCAUGCCAGGAAGGCCUACGAUCUGCAGAGCGAUAACUGCUACAAGUCUGACCUGGAAUGGCUGCGGGGCGUUGGUUGGGUCCCAGUUGGUUCCUUGGAGGUUGAAAAAGCCAAGAAGGCAGGAGAGAUCUUGAGUGAUAAAAUCUACCGUCAGCAUCCGGACACAAUCAAAUUUACCAGUGUCCCUGAUUCUGUCGAGAUGGUCUUAGCCAAGCAGAACGCAGAGACGAUGAACAAGCGUUUAUACACUGAAGCGUGGAAUAAAGAUAAGACCAUGGUUCAUGUCAUGCCUGACACACCAGAGAUCCUGCUAGCUAAACAAAACCAAUUAAACUACAGUCAGAAAAUGUACAAACUGGCUUUGGAGGAAUCCAAGAAGAAGGGUCAUGAUUUGCGUUUUGAUGCCAUUCCUAUUCAAGCUGCCAAAGCCUCCAGAGAGAUCGCCAGCGAUUACAAGUAUAAGGAAGGCUAUCGCAAGCAGCUCGGCCACCACAUCGGGGCCCGUAACAUAGAGGAUGAUCCAAAGAUGAUGUGGUCAAUGCACGUGGCCAAGAUCCAGAGUGACAGGGAGUACAAGAAAGCCUUUGAGAAGACCAAGACUCACUUCAGUAGCCCCGUGGACAUGCUGGGCAUCGUAUUGGCCAAGAAAUGUCAGGAGCUGGUCAGUGACAUUGAUUACCGCCACUAUCUGCAUCAGUGGAUCUGUCUGCCGGACCAGAACGAUGUUAUCCAUGCCAAGAAGGCCUACGAUCUGCAGAGUGAUGCUGUUUAUAAAUCCGACCUGGAAUGGCUGAGAGGUAUUGGAUGGGUUCCUAUUGGUUCCAUGGAUGUUGAGAAAGCAAAGAAAGCUGGAGAAAUCCUGAGUGACAGGAAGUAUCGGCAGCCACCAGACCAAAUUAAAUUUACUAGUGUGACAGACUCUUUGGCCAUGGUCUUAGCCAAGCAAAAUGCUGAGAUAAUGAACAAGCGUUUGUACACAGAAGCCUGGGAUGCGGACAAAAAGUCAAUUCAUGUCAUGCCUGAUACGCCAACAAUAUUGUUAGCGAAGGCCAAUGCAGCUAACGUUAGCAAUAAACUUUAUACGCAGGCCUGGGAAGAGGCCAAAAAGAAGGGUUAUGACAUGAGAGCUGAUGCAAUUCCAAUCCGAAGUGCGAAGGCAUCAAGAGAUAUUGCGAGUGAUUACAAGUACAAGGAAACGCACGAGAAGGAGAAAGGCCACUACAUCGGGUGCCCGUCUGCCAAGGAUGACCCCAAGCUGGUGUUGGCGGCGCGGGCCAUGCAGCUGCAGAACGACCGCCUUUACAAGAAGGCGUACCACGAUUCCAAGGCCCAGGUGCACAUCCCGGUGGACGCGAUGUCGCUGCAGGCGGCCAAGGAGUGCCAGGGCCUGGUGAGCGAUGUGGACUACCGCCAGUACCUUCACCAGUGGACCUGCCUGCCCGACCAGAACGAUGUGAUCCACGCCAGGAAGGCCUACGACCUCCAGAGUGAUAAUGUGUACAAGUCAGACCUGGAAUGGUUGCGUGGCAUCGGCUGGUUGACAGAAGGUUCUGUGGAUGUGGUGAAAGCAAAGAAAGCCCAGGAAAUCCUGAAUGACAGGUUGUACCGCACACGGCCGGACGAGUUGAAGUUCACCAGCAUUACUGAUACGCCAGACGUUGUCCAGGCCAAGAUCAAUGCUUUGCAGCUCAGUGACCGCUUGUAUCGUGAAACCUGGGAUAAAGAUAAGACGCAGAUUUCCAUACCCUCCGAUACCCCUGUAAUGCUGCAGUCCAAAGCCAAUGCUCUCAACAUCAGCAAUAAACAUUAUCAGAAGGCCUGGGAUGAGGCCAAGGCGAAAAGCUAUGACAUAAGAGCUGAUGCCAUUCCCAUCAAACACGCCAAGGCUUCCAGAGACAUCGCUAGUGAGUACAAGUACAAGGAAACGCACGAGAAGGAGAAAGGCCACUACAUCGGGUGCCCGUCUGCCAAGGAUGACCCCAAGCUGGUGUUGGCGGCGCGGGCCAUGCAGCUGCAGAACGACCGCCUUUACAAGAAGGCGUACCACGAUUCCAAGGCCCAGGUGCACAUCCCGGUGGACGCGAUGUCGCUGCAGGCGGCCAAGGAGUGCCAGGGCCUGGUGAGCGAUGUGGACUACCGCCAGUACCUUCACCAGUGGAUCUGCCUGCCCGACCAGAACGAUGUGAUCCACGCCAGGAAGGCCUACGACCUCCAGAGUGAUGUGGUCUAUAAGUCAGACCUAGAAUGGCUGCGUGGAAUUGGCUGGCUGCCUAACGACUCUCCAGAGGUCAAGAGAGUGAAGGCUGCCCAGGAUCUCCUGAGUGACAACGUGUAUCGUACACCUAUCGACAGCGUGAAAUACACCAGCAUUGUUGAUUCUCCAGAGGUCGUUCUAGCUAAAACCAAUGCCGAGCAACUCAGCAUUCCAAAAUACAAAGAAGCCUGGGAAAAGGACAAGACUAUGGUCCAUAUUAUGCCAGACACACCUGAAAUCAACCUAGCCAGGGCUAACGCUGCUAAUUAUAGCCAGAAACUGUAUAAAGAAUCUUGGGAUGAGGUGAAGAAGAGUUAUGAUUUGAGAGCAGACGCAAUCCCCAUCAAGGCAGCCAAAGCUUCUAGAGAAAUUGCUAGUGAUUAUAAAUACAAGCUGGAACACGAGAAGCAAAAAGGACAUUAUGUUGGAGUUCCCAAUGCAAAAGCAGAUACGAAAAUUGAGUUUGCCCUCGGCAUAGGCAAAGUUCAGAGUGAACUUGAGUACAAGAAACACUUUGCCAAGUGGAAGACGCAGUGCCACCUCCCAGUGGACAUGCUGUCCAUCCUGUCAGCCAAACACGGGCAGUCUCUGGUCAGUGAUGUUGAUUACCGGCACUACUUGCGGCAGUGGAUCUGUCUUCCAGACCAGAACGAUGUCAUACACGCUAAGAAAGCCUAUGAUCUUCAGAGUGAUGCUGUUUACAAAGCUGAUUUAGAGUGGCUGCGGGGGAUUGGAUGGCUGCCAAAUGAUUCAGUUGGACUCAACCAUGUCAAAUACGCUGGAGAUCUCUUGAAUGAGAGAAAGUACCGUACAAAAGCCGAAACUCUUCCAUUUACCGCAGUGACGGACAGAGUUGAUUAUGUCACAGCAAAGAAGGGCACUGAAAUUCUUAGUGAUAUUAAAUACCACAAAGAAUGGAAUGAGGCUAAGACAAAUUAUACUCUAACAGACACACCACAGCUGGAUAUGGCCCGAGAGGCAGCCAGAAUUCUCAACCAGAAUCUGUACAAGGAAAGCUGGGAGAAGGAAAAAGCCACUGGUUACCUCCUACCUCCUGACACUGUGCAGAUCUCUCAUGCCAAACGCUCCAGUGAUGUCCAGAGUGAGCUUAAAUACAAAGCUGAGUACGUCAAACAAAGAGGUCACUACGUUGGGGUUCCCAGUAUGAGGGAUGAUCCAAAACUGGUGUGGUACGAGCACGCUGGCGAGAUCCAGAACGACAGGUUGUACAAAUCGGACUACCACAAGACAAAGUCCAGAGUUCACAUCCCUCCGGACAUGGUGUCGCUUGUAGCAGCGAAGGACGGUCAGAACUUGGUCAGCGAUACCGAGUAUCGCCAAUACCUGCGUGAGUGGACGUGCCACCCUGACCAGAAUGACUGUAUCCAGGCAAGGAAGGCCUACGACCUGCAAAGUGAUAAUAUUUAUAAAUCUGAUCUGGAAUGGCUUCGUGGCUGCGGGUGGAUUCCUCUGGAUUCAGUGGAACACAAGAAAGUUAAGAAUGCCCAAGAACUGGUAAAUAAGAGAGCGUAUACGAAAGAAGCCCUUGAUAACUUUUCCAAUUACACCAGUGUGGUUGACACUCCCGACAUUGUUCUGGCAAGGAUGAACGCUGUCAAUCAGAGUGAUAUAAAAUACAAAGAAACAUUUAACCUUGAGAAGGGCCAGUACAUUGGGUCUGAUGAUACUCCAGCGCUGAACCACGCCAGAGACAUGUCCUUACUGUACAGUGAUAAACUUUAUAAAAAGGCUUGGGAAGUUAGCAAGCCCAUUGGCUACACUUUGGAUGAGAAAUAUAUUCCGCUUGUUGGAGCGAAACAUGCAAACUACAUAAAUAGUGAGCUUAAAUACAAAGCAGUAUAUGAGAAGCUGAAAGGCCAUUACCUGGCUGGGAAGGAGAUCGGUGAUUUCCCCAGCGUCGUUCACUCGCUGGCGUUCCAGAAAACAAGGAGCGCGUUGGCAUACAGAAAGAAUUACGAAGACACCAAAGCCCGUGUCCAUAUUCCAAGUGACAUGAUGAAUCACGUGCUGGCCAAGAAGUGCCAGUAUAUCCUCAGUGAUCUCGAAUACCGAACUUACUUCCACCAGUGGAGUUGUUCACCUGAAGAACAUGAUGUUAUUCUAGCCAGAAGAGCCCAGGAAAUUUUGAGUGAUGUGGUGUAUAAGGAUGACUUAAAUUGGCUGAAGGGACUUGGGUGUUAUGUUUGGGAUACUCCACAAAUCCUACAUGCUAAAAAAGCAUAUGACCUGCAGAGCCAGAUAAAAUACACAGCUGCAGGAAAAGAGAAUUUCCAGAACUUUGGAGUUGUUACUGACACUCCUGUCUAUGUGACCGCGGUGCAGAGCGCUCUCAACGCCAGUGAUGUGAAAUACAAGGAGGAUUUCCACAAAACCAAGGACAAGUACACAACUGUGACUGAAACAGCGGAUUCUGAAAGAAUUCAGAAUUUGAAACAUCUCUUCAGCGAUAAACUCUACAAGGAAGCCUGGGAUAGAGUGAAAGCGACGGGCUAUAUACUGCCCUCGGAUGCUGUGCCCCUCGCACGUGCCAAAGAACUGAAGCAUAAUGCUAGUAAUGUGAAAUACCGUGAAGAAUAUGACAAGUUCAAAGCGCUGUACACGAUACCCAGAGGUAUCGAGGAUGAUCCCAAUACAGCAAGGUGCCUUAGGGUCGGAAAGCUUAACAUUGAUCGUCUGUACAAGGAAGUCUAUGAAAAGAAUAAAGCCAAAGUCCACAUUAUUCCAGACAUGGUAGAUAUAGUGACUGCUAAGGAUUCCCAGAAGAAAGUCAGCGAACUCGAUUACCGCACACGUCUCCACGACUGGAUCUGUCUGCCCGAUCUUCAAAUCAAUACCCAUGUUCGAAAAGUGACUGAUCAGCUCAGUGAUGUGCUUUACAAGGAUGACCUCAACUGGCUGAAAGGCAUCGGCUGCUUUGUCUGGGACACUCCCGAAAUCCUCCAUGCCAAACACGCCUAUGACCUUCGCAGUGAUAUUAAGUACAAAUCUAAGGCAGAAAAAAUGAGGAGUGAGUUCACUGUGGUCACGGACACGCCUGUCUACGUGCAGAAUGUCAUCAGUGCCUUGAAUCUAAGUGAAGCUGUCUAUCGCAGUGAAUAUUUACACAAUGUGAAAGGCAAAAUGAUUCCUACUGAUAAAACAGUAGAUUUGGAGCGGGCCUAUCAUGCGAACAAAAUCCAGAGUGAAAAAUUGUAUCGCUGGGCUGGUGUGAAGGCUCUGCCUACUGGGUACAGCCUUCCCAAAGACACCCCCAGCUUUCAGCACGCCAAACACGUCCAGUACAUCGGCAGUGACCUGAAAUAUAAAGAAGCCUACGAACAUAUGAAAGCUAAAGGCUAUACUCUGGGACCUAAAGAUGUUGGGUUUGAAAAUGUGAGGAAAGUGAAUCAAGUCAUUAACGAGAGGUUGUAUCGGGCAACGUACCACAAGAACAAGGACAAGAUUCAUACCACGCCAGACACACCAGAACUCCGACAAGUCCGGGCGACGCAGGAAGCUGUCAGUGAUCUUAUCUACAAGUCCGAUUUCUUUAAGCUGCAGGGACACUUGAUUUCCUUGCCGUACACUCCUCAUGUCUUGCACUGCCGCUAUGCUGGGGACAUCAUAAGUGACAUUAAGUACAAAGAGGAUCUGACGUGGCUGAAGGGCUUGGGUUGCUUCCUGUAUGAUACUCCCGAUAUGGUCCGUGCUCGUCAGCUGCGUAAGCUUUGGUCUAAUUAUAUAUACACUGAUACCGCAAAGAAGAUGUGGCCUAAAUGCAAGGUGGUAUUGGAUACUCCUGGAUAUAGAGCGGUUCAGGAACUCAAAACCCAUUUGAGUGAACUGGUUUACAGAGCUGAAGGCAACGAGCUGAAGACAAAAUACACUUCCGUCCUUGAUACACCCGAGUUCUUAAGAGCCAAGCAAGGACAAAAAAUACAGAGCCAGUACUUGUAUGUGGAACUUGCCACAAAGGAGAGACCCCAUCACCAUGCAGGUGGUCAGACUCCAGCCUUCACACAUGCCAGGCAUGUCAAGGACAUGGUCAGCGAGAAAAAGUAUAAGCUGCAGUAUGAGAAGAUGAAGGACAAAUACACGCCUGUCGCUGACACCCCAGUGUUGAUCAGAGCCAAGAGAGCGUACCUGAACGCCAGCGAUUUACGCUACAAAGAAACCUUUGAGAAUACCAAGGGCAAGUACCACACAGUGAAAGAUGCUUUGGAUAUUGUCUAUCACCGCAAGGUCACCGAUGAUAUUAGCAGUGUGAAAUAUAAGGAAAAUUACAUGAGCCAGUUAGGGAUCUGGAGAUCGAUCCCAGACCGCCCGGAGCAUUUCCAUCAUCGCGCAGUCACGGAUGCCAUCAGUGACGUUAAAUACAAGGAAGACUUAGAAUGGCUUAGAGGCCUUGGCUGUUACGCGUGGGAUACUCCAACUUUCGCUCUGGCAGAAAAGAAUAAGGUGCUCUACAGUGGGUGUAAGUACAAGGAGUUAUUUGAGAAGACUAAGUCUAAAUUUCAGUAUGUAGCUGACUCUCCAAGUAACGACCACUUUAGAUAUGCAACUCAGUUGGUGGAUGAGAAAUUAUAUAAAGCUGCCUAUGAGAAGCUCAAAGAUAAGUACAGCCUAAUUGUGGAUGAUCCUAAGACCCUCCUGGCCAAGUGGGGGACUACACUGAGCAGUCAGAAGCAAUAUAAAUCCUUUGCCAAGAUGCUCCUGCAACAUGGAUGUAAUGAGAUUCGGAGGCCAGAUAUGCUGACAGCACUCUACAACACAUACCUGUGGAGCCAGGUUCAGUACAAAAAGGACUAUGAAAAGCAGAAAGACAAGUAUACUACGGUUGUGGAUACUCCAGAAUACUUAAGGACCACCAAAGUCAACAAACAGAUCAGUGACAUUAUUUACAAGUUGGAGUAUAACAAAGCGAAGCCUAAAGGGUACACUACAAUCCACGACACACCGAUGUUACUGCACGUGCGCAAGGUCAAGGACAGAAUAAGUGACCUGAAAUACAAAGAAGUGUAUGAGAGGAACAAGUCUCACUGCAAUGUUGUAGUAGAUUCAGUUCACAUUAAGACUCCAAGGCACGCUUACAAGCUGAACAGCAACCUGGAUUACAAGAAGAAGUAUGAAGCCACCAAGGCUCGCUGGAACUGGAUUGCUGAUAGGCCUGACUUUGUUCAAGCAGCCAAGUCAUCUCUGCAACAGAGCGAUUAUGAAUACAAACUAGACCGGGAGUUCCUGAAGGGAUGCAAACUCUCUGUCACAGACGACAAAAACACAGUGUUGGCUUUAAAUAAUGCCAUCUUGGCGAGCGAUGUAAAAUACAAAGAGAAGCACAACAAAGCCCGAGGAACGUACCAUGUUGUUCCAGAUACACCUCAGAUCCUCCUGGCUAAGACUGUCAGCUCCCUUGUGUCUGAGAACAAAUACAAAGAACAGAGCAAGAAGCAGCUUCCGCGUGGGUCUUACACAACCCUGCCCGAGACACGGGACACCGCUCAUGUGAAAGAGGUGACCAAGCAUGUCAGCGAGACAAACUAUAAAAAGAAGUUUGUGAAGGAGAAAGGCAAGUCUAAUUAUUCCGUCAUGCUGGAGCCUCCUGAAGUGAAACAUGCCAUGGAAGUUGCUAAAAAGCAGAGUACAGUUGAAUACAAGAAAGACGCCAAGUCAAAGCUCCACUACACACCUAUAGCAGAUCGACCAGAUAUUAAGAAAGCAACUCAGGCUGCUAAGUUGAUUAGUGAUAUUGAAUACAAAAAGCGCGGAGAAGCUGGCAUUGGCGUAACCAUGCUGGGGCGGCCGGAUAUUGAGCUGGCCAAGGAGGUGUCCAAGCUAACGAGCCAGGUGAAAUACAAGGAGAAUUUUUCCAAAGAGAAGGGUAAAAAGCCAAAGUAUGAUUUAAAGGAGGCUAAAAUCUACAAGACCAUGAAAGAUGCUCACAACAUGGCCAGUGAGGUGAAGUACAAGGCAGAUUUAAAGAAACUCCAUAAGCCCGUGACAGACAUGAAGGAGUCGCUGAUCAUGAACCACGUGCUGAGCACCAGCCAGCUCGCCAGUGCCUACCAGUACAAGAAGCAAUAUGAGAAGAGUAAGGGUCACUACCAUGUGGUGCCAGAUAAUCUUGAACAGGUUCAUCUAAGGGAGGCAUCAGAACUACAGAGCCACGUGAAAUACAAAGAAAAAUAUGAGAAGGAGAAAGGAAAACCUAUGCUGGACUUUGAAACUCCAACAUACCUCACUGCAAAGGAAUCCCAGCUCAUGCAGAGUGAGAAAGAAUAUAAGAAGGACUUUGAAGAGUCCAUUAAGGGCAGAAACCUUACUGGCUUGGAGAUUACACCAUCCUUAUUACAUGUCAAAUAUGCAACCAAAAUAGCAAGCGAGAAAGAGUACAGGAAGGAUCUGGAGGAAGCUGUCAAAGGUAAAGGACUAACAGCUCUAGAGGAGACUCCAGACAUGUUACGAGCAAAGAACGCAACUCAAAUCCUGAGCGAGAAAGAAUACAAAAAAGCCUUGGAAUUAGAAAUCAGAGGAAAAGGUCUGACAGAACUGGCUUUGGAGACACCAGAUUUUGUGAGAGCCAGAAAUGCCACUGACAUUGCCAGCCAGAUCAAAUACAAACAGUUGGCAGAAAUGGAGAAAGCCAACUACACCAGUGUUGUCGACACUCCGGAGAUUAUUCAUGCCCAGCAGGUCAAGAACCUUGCGAGCCAGAAAAAGUACAAGGAAGAUGCAGAGAAGACCAUGCCGUACUACGUGCCUGUAGCAGACACACCAGAAAUGCAGAGAGUCCGUGAGAACCAAAAGAAUGUUAGCACGCUUCAGUAUCAGUGGGACCUACAGAACAGUAAAGGAAAAGUUACAGUUGUACAAGACACACCAGAAAUGCUGCGUGUGAAAGAGAACCAGAAGAAUUUCAGCUCGAUUUUGUAUAAAGAAGAUAUUGGAACUGGAACUGCUAUUGAAAAGACACCAGAGAUGCAGAGAGUUAAAAGAACUCAGGAUGCAAUCAGCUCGAUCAAGUACAAGGAGAGUAUUGGCAAAGGAACUCCAAUUCCUGAUCUGCCGGAAGUGAAGCGCGUCAAGGAGACCCAGAAGCACAUCAGUUCGGUGUUGUACAAAGAGGACCUAGGGACAGGUACCCCCACCCCUGUCACUCCAGAAAUAGAGAGAGUCAGACGCAAUCAAGAACACAUUAGCUCGGUGUUGUACAAAGAGGGUUUAGGGACUGGCACCCCCACUGCGGUCACUGCCGACAUGGAGAGAGUCAAACGCAAUCAAGAGAACAUUAGCUCGGUGUUGUACAGAGAGGGGCCGGGCACGGGCACCCCCGUCCCUGUCACCCCCGAGAUGCAGAGGGUCAAACGCAAUCAAGAGAACUUUAGCUCGGUGUUGUACAAGGAGGAGCUGGGCACGGGGACCCCCACCCCGCUCACCCCCGAGAUCGAGCGCGUCAAACGCAACCAGGAAAACUUUAGCUCGGUGUUGUACAAGGAGGAGCUGGGCACGGGGACCCCCACCCCGCUCACCCCCGAGAUCGAGCGCGUCAAACGCAACCAGGAAAACUUUAGCUCGGUUUUGUACAAGGAGGAGCUGGGGACAGGGACCCCAACCCCGCUCACCCCCGAGCUGGAGAGAGUCAAACGCAACCAGGAGCACAUUAGCUCGGUUUUGUACAGAGAGAGCGUGGGGACGGGAACCCCCACCCCGGUCACCCCCGAGAUGGAGCGGGUCAAACGCAACCAGGAGAUCUGUAGCUCGGUGUUGUAUAAAGAAAACAUAGGGAAAGCGACCCCGACCCCGGUCACCCCCGAGAUGGAACGAGUCAAACGCAACCAGGAGAUCAUUAGCUCGGUUUUGUACAAAGAAAACGUGGGGAAAGUGACCCCAACACCCAUCACUCCAGAGAUGGAGAGAGUCAAACGCAAUCAAGAAAUCAUUAGCUCGGUGUUGUACAAAGAACAUCUGGGGCGAGCAACCCCCAUCCCCGUCACUCCAGAGCUGGAGCGAGCCAAGCGCAGCCAGGAGCACGUUAGCUCGGUUGGAUACAGAGAAGGUUUAGGGAAGGCGACUCCCACCCCCGUCACCCCCGACAUGGAGAGAGUCAAACGCAACCAGGAGAACAUCAGCUCGGUCCUGUACAAGGAGCAGCUGGCGAAGGGAACCCCGACCCCGCUGACGCCCGAGAUGGAGCGAGCCAAACGCAACCAGGAGAACAUCAGCUCGGUUCUUUAUUCAGACAGUUUCCGAAAACAAGUCCAAGGCAAAGCUGCGUAUGUGCUGGAUACACCCGAAAUGCGCCGGGUGCGAGAGACCCAGAAACACAUCUCCACAGUGAAAUACCAUGAAGAUUUUGAGAAGACCAAAGGUAGUUUCACACCCGUAGUCACCGACCCCAUUACAGAACGUGUGAAGAAGAACAUGCAGGAUUUCAGCGACAUCAGCUACCGGGGGAUUCAGCGGCGUGUGGUGGAGAUGGAGCGCAAGCGCGUGGACCAGGAUCAGGAGAACCUCACAGGUCUCCGUGUGUGGCGCACGAAUCCCGGGUCGGUCUUUGACUACGACCCAGCAGAGGACAACAUCCAGUCCCGGAGCCUGCACAUGAUCUCGGUGCAGGCGCAGCGGCGCAGCCGGGAGCACUCCCGCUCUGCCAGCGCCUUGAGCAUCAGCGGCGGCGAUGAGAAGUCGGAGCCCUCGGACGGCGUGGAUCAGCACCUGUCCUACUACAGCAACGGCGGCUUCUUUGCCACAACCACAACAGUGGGCUACAAACACGCUAAAACCAUCGAGUUACCACAACAACGGUCAUCGUCGGUUGCCACCCAGCAAACAACGGUUUCAUCGGUUCCUUCUCACCCCUCGACUGCUGGCAAGACGUACCGGGCCAUGUACGACUACACGGCGGCUGACGCUGAUGAGGUUUCCUUCAAAGACGGUGACACGAUUGUCAACGUGCAGGCCAUCGACGAGGGCUGGAUGUACGGGACGGUGCAGAGAACCGGCAAGACGGGGAUGCUGCCCGCCAACUACGUGGAAGCCGUCUAACGCAACGCUGCCAGCAAGCCCGUCCGCAUGGCGCAGACACGGCCCUUCCCACCGCGCAAGCCUUGGAAAAGCGUUUGUAACAUCUUUUCCAAAGUGCCUUGUUGUCUCCCAUGGUGACGGUGCCUUAGGAACCACGAGGGGAAGAAAAAGAGUAAAAAACCCCAAGUAAUUGCAGAGAAAAAUCCUCUUGAAACAUCUUUUCAAAACAUUUUUGAAAACUACAGGUAAACACCCUACUAGGCUUUGCUCAUGAGAAAUGUCUUCCUUCUAGUGCCAAAACUAUUACUUUUAAACAUUGUCUGGACUUUCAAACAUGUCACCAGCACAAUAUUGCACUGUGAAAUUCUGUACCUGUACUUCAGACUAAGACCACCACCUAUUAUUUUAAUUCUCCCCUACAGAGAAUACUUUUCUGGGCUACUCUAAAAUGUUUGAAUGUAUUCAUUUCUUUUCCAUAUAAGCAACAUUUAACCUUAGUAUCUCAAACCAACUUUUAGUUGAGGGGGAAACCAAACCAAAGCCGCUGGUUCCGCUUGCUGAGCUCUUCUGCACGUGGUUUUCAUGCAACUGUUCUGGGGUCUAAUCUGUUAUUACUUGUAAAUUAGUGACUAAAUAAAGGUAAUGGUUCUGCA